AUGGCCGCCACACUGCCCAGGGUCUGGAAACAGCUCUGCGUGCUGGUUGGGAUAUGUUUUCUUUUCUACGUGUCGUUUUUAUUUUCCAGAACUCACUUGGUCAACAAUCUAGUAUUCAAAUACUCACAACCCCCAGAGCCGCAUUCACACCGUCCUUCGAACAAGAUCUUUAACUCCCUCCACCUUGAUGAGGCUACGUGUGAGGCGACAUUUCCUAACUUGGCGAAGGAUAUUGGUGAUAUGGUCGCUUUGGGACCUUUCACUUUAAAGCAGGCGAGAAAUUUAGGACCUCUCCAAGUCAGGAUUCAAGAUGAUCAGCUCUACAUUGUCCAUAAAGAAGAUGAUGAUGUACUCUCCCGUGGGACCAUGCAGGCCCGUAUGUCAGCUCUUCAUCAGAUACAUAGGGCUGUCUUAACGUCGCCUGACCCUCUCCCCAACACAAUAUUGUCUGUCAACAUUCAGGAUGGGCCAUCUGACUUUACACUGUCAUAUUCACGUCCGGCCUAUGAUCCACGAUCACCCGGAACCCCUUUCGUCUCUAGGGCAUUUCUCAUGCCCCAUUUCUCUUUCUGGGCAUGGCCGUUGCCCUUCGUUGGCUCGUUCAUCAGGGCCGAGGCGGCCAUCAACUCCCUCGAGGCAACGCUGCCUUUCUCCAAGAAAGAUCCGAGAGUCGUAUGGAGAGGAACAAAGCGAUACAAGAGCGCCCACAACCCGCACUUGAGAGUGGACUUGUUGCGGGUUACAGACGGGGUUGAGUGGGCGGAUGUCCAAACGCUUGAAUGGGACGCGGUGAACAACGGCACGGGAACAACAAAGAAGGUGGCGACAAAUUCUCUCAUGAUCGAGGAAUUCUGCAAGUACAAGUACGUGCUAUACACGGACGGCGUAACGUACAGCGGGCGGCUGCAGUUCCACCAAAUGUGCGGGAGUGUGUUGCUCACGCCACCAAUAGCGUGGAUGCAGCACACAACGCACCUUGUCAAGCCCCUGUUUUCUUCGGACUUGGAUUUUGGGGACGCGAACAGGACUUCGCUGAACGGGACGGAGAAGAGGUGGGUGCCAUCCGAAGGCGAGCAAGAGGCUUGGCCGACUCAUUACAAACCCGACGAGGCAAACAUUGUCUUCGUGGCGCCAGACUGGUCUGACUUGGAGGACACGGUGCGGUGGCUAGAAAGUCGGCCCGAUGAGGCUGAGGGUAUCGCGAGGAGACAGAGAGAGCUUUUUGUGGAUGGGGGCUAUUUCAGCCGAGCGGCCGAGGCGUGCUACUGGCGGGCGUUGAUUAGGGGUUGGAGCACAGUCUGUCAGACCGACGGCGAGGGAUGGGAAGACCAGCUUGGCACUAGAUGGGAGUUAUUUUCUAUAGGUCUCUGA